AUGCAGAAGGGGGCGAUGGCCGUCGUCCACACGGGCGCCUUUGUGCGCAUCAUCCUCCAGUACUUGGCCUCGCCCAACGACGUCCUCGCGCUGCUGCAGGCGCUGCCACGUCAUGCGCUCGAUGCGCCAUUGGCGGCGCUCCGGACGCUCGUGGUCGCGGCCUGGGACACUCUCCGAUUGGAGUGGCCACACGUCCGCAUUGAGGCCAUGCCUACAAGCUGCUUGGGCAUCACGCUCGCUGCGCUACCGCUCUUCCAGUCGAUUCGCAUCCGGUCGCUGAGCAGCCUCAACGCGGUGCUCUGCGACGCCUGUGGCGAGCUAGAGCUCACAGCUCAUGCGCCAUUGGAAGCGACGAUUGCGUUCGCAUCCGUAUGGGGCCACAAGAUCGCGUCCAUGCACGUGGAGCCGUGGCUGCACGCCGACGACAAAGACGCACUUGCGCACAUUCUUGGUCUCUGCACGGGCCUCGACGAGAUCUCCAUCCAGGCCGACGAUGCCGAUCAGUCAUUGCUUGCAGCGGUCCUGGGCGCGCAGCAUGCCACGCGUGUCUCUCUUUUCUCACUGAAGAUGGGCGACUGCGAGUGUGGCGACUGGCGACCGCUCUUUGCCGAGUGGCUUGCGUCGGGCCGAGCGGCGCACCUCUCUCUCAACGGGUUUCGAUGCGGUGACAACGAUGGCCUUGCAAGGGCCAUUGCCGCCACGGCGACGCUCACGAGCCUCGCCCUUGUCGACGUCGACAGCGUGCUGGAGAGCUUUGUACAUGCCGUGAUCCCGCUACCGCACGUGACGCAGCUAUGUCUAUCGACAUCGGCUGCCGACGAUGUGAUCGUUAAGGCCUUUCUGACCCGCGUGGUCCAUCGCUCGAAGCUGGUCGAGCUCGAGAUCCAAGCUGAGAACGCAUCGGACUUGACGUUUCUCACUGCGCUCCUGCCGCAACUCGACACGCUGCAAAAGCUCGUAUUGAAAGAUUGUGAUAUGCACAUUGCGCCCGUCUUGCGCUCCUCGACGUCGUGCCUGCAGAUGCUGCACAUGCACACUUGUCGCAUGGCCGACGAGGCAGUCUUAUGGCUGCUUGCGUGGGCGUCCACGUCGCCGGCUCUAACGACCGUUCAAUUUGACGCGAUACCGACGCCGCAGAGCCAAUAUUUGGAUCGCUUUUGUCAGUAUCUUGGCCAAUGGAUCGCUGCCGGCGUCGAGUGCGUCACGCUCCGCGACUGCCGAUUGGACGAGAUGAGCGUCAUGGCCAUUGAGUCGGCGCUUCGCCACGCACGCCGGUCGUCUUCGGCGUUGUUGGUUUGCAUCGAAGACGUUGAUCGUCGCUACAUUCCUACGCUGCUCGCAGCGCUGCCGAUCUUUCGGUCGAUUACCAUCAAGCGUGAGCUCACCAAGGAGCUACGACGAAGCGCCAUCCACGAGCCUAUGAUGACUCUGUACGCAACUGCACUCGCAUUUGCAUCCAAGUGGGGCCACAAAGUCGAGUCCAUCGUCGUCAAACUGCGAGACAUGAUGGAGGCCACGGACGCGCUCCCGCGCUUUCUCGACCUCUGCACCGGCCUUGACUCGAUCGUUGUCAACGUCGACACGUCGGAUGUGGCGUUUGUCGCUGCUACAAUCCGCGCCGCGCAGCGCGUCACACGCAUGCAUCUUCUAUCGUACAAGGAGGGCGGGUUCAACGGCGGCGACUGGCGUCUGCACUUGGGCGCGUGGUUGGCGUCGGGGCAUGCGACGCAUCUUCUCAAGCUUGACUGCGCCUAUGGCUUGCUGCAAGGCCUGGUGGACGCCGGUAUCCCGCCAAAGGCCCUCACCGAGCUGCGCCUUACGCUUUCCGAGGACGAGACGUGUGCUGAACCAUUCUUGACCAACUUGAUUAAUCUCUCGGCGCUUGAAACCCUGGAAGUUGUCUCUGUCAUCGAAUUGGACGCGACGUUUGUCAUGGCGCUGCUGCCGCGUCUGGUCAAGCUGCAAGAGCUCACGAUCAACUUUUGUGGGCUGCACGCCGUGCACGCCGCACCGGCACCGAAUUAUCUCCGGACGCUCAAUGUAUCACAUUGCAACAUGAGCGACGAGACGUGCCUCAGUCUCUUGGAUUGGGCCUCACAGUCGCCGUGCCUACAGACCGUGGCGCUCAACAUGUGCCGCACGGUGCGCAGCAAGCCGGAGCUCUUUGGCCGCUAUCUUACCCGAUGGAUCACUGGCGGUGUCGCUUCUGUCGUUCUCGACCGCUGUGUAUUGGAUGAGACGAGCAUUCUUGCGAUUGCAAAUGCGCUUCGCCACUCGCGCCGGUCGACGCUGUUUACGCUCUCGCUGGACGUGGAGCGAUUCAAUCUCGAAUUGUACCGCAUGCUCUUCGAAGCACUCGCUACGUGCACCGGCGUGGGCAUCCGCGGACAUGGUGCGAUACUACACAGCCGCAACGACUGCGACCAAAUCGAAACUUGGGUGUCCGAGCUGGGUCUGUACUACGACAAAUGUGGGUUUGUCCUGCACUUUGACAGCCCCUCGUAG